CUUGGAGGGAAUUAGCUUCCGAGGCCGAGAAGGGAGGGGAUUCGGCCUCGGGCGGGUGGGGGGCGUGACAUGUCUCUCGAAGAUCCUUUUUUUGUAGUCCGAGGGUGAGUGACAGCGAUGCGGGAGGACACGGGGUAUUGUGUCCCCUUGUCAACCAGUGCCCGCGUGCCAGCCGGUGCAUGUCAGGCAUUCUGGGCACCGCCGUCGGGAUCGCCCCGUGGCCAUGUGGGAGGGGUCCGCAGGGGCAUAUGAGGGUCUCCUGAGCUCCCAACCUGUUUGGGGGCGUAAUGGUGGGCCGAAGGACCGCCUGCUCCCACACCCCGCCAGCCGCGCCCGCUGUGCCCCUGCCCGCAGCGAGGUGCAGAAGGCGGUGAACACGGCCCGCGGGCUGUACCAGCGGUGGUGCGAGCUCCUGCAGGAGAGCGCGGUGGUCGGACGCGAGGAGCUGGACUGGACGACCAACGAGCUGCGGAACGGCCUGCGUAGCAUCGAGUGGGACCUCGAAGACCUGGAGGAAACCAUUGGCAUAGUGGAAGCCAACCCCAGCAAGUUCAAGCUCCCAGCCGGAGACCUGCAGGAGAGAAAGGUGUUUGUGCAGAGGAUGCGGGAAUCAGUGCAGGAAAUGAAGGACCAUAUGGUCAGCCCGGCAGCCGUAGCCUUCAUGGAGAGGAAUAACAGGGAGAUGCUGACAGGCAAGCCGGCCACCCUGAAGUCCUCCAGCGACUUGCUGGACGCCAGUGUGGUCUCGACCACCUCUCGCUACAUUGAAGAGCAGCAGGCCACACAGCAGCUGAUCCUGGACCAGCAGGAUCAACAGCUGGAAAUGGUGUCUGGGAGCAUCUCAGUUCUGAAACACAUGUCCGGCCGAGUUGGGGAGGAGCUGGAUGAGCAGGGCAUUAUGCUGGACGCCUUUGCUCAGGAGAUGGACCACACCCAGUCCCGGAUGGAUGGGGUCCUUAGGAAGAUGGCCAAAAUAUCCCACAUGACCAGUGGUGAGUCCCCUGCGGUGGGGGAGUUGGGGGGGUGCUGCCUCCCCUCUGUGAACUCCGACCCUCUUGCCCCCAGACCGCCGACAGUGGUGUGCCAUUGCGGUGCUGCUGGGAGUGCUUCUCCUGGUCCUCGUCCUCUUCUUCUCUCUCUGAUCCCAGUCCUCCCCAGGGGGUGGCCCCUCCAGCUGCAGGGAGCUGGCAGGGCCCUGCCCCCUGGGAGGACAGGGAGGUCAUGCCGGGGGAACUGUCCCAAGGCUCUCAUCUAGAGAGGACCCUCAGGGCCCCGGGCUGGAGCCCCUACCACCAGUCUGGUCUUAAGUGCACUUAGUGGGUGGUGGAGGAGGGGGACCUCAGAAACACCCCUCCCCAUCUCUACUCCCCAAAGCCAUUGCUUUGCCCCUGUGCCUUCUACAUGUGCCAACUUGGAAAUA